AUGUCCGCCUUUCAAUCCUCCACUCAGUCCCUCCAGGGUCAAGCUGCACCAUCUCGCCAAUUCGCCGCCUAUAAUCCUGUCGCCGCCGCUACAGCUCCCGCAGGGACAUUCCUUCCCGGGACCAAGGUCCAGGUGGGCGAGCACCGCGUUGUGGUGGACAAGUAUCUCUCGGAGGGAGGCUUUGCUCAUGUUUACGUCGUGCGAUUGCCCCAGCCAAUUCAUGGCUCCGAGACCGCGGUCCUGAAGCGCGUCGCUGUCCCCGAUAAGUCGGCGCUGGCGAGCAUGCGCACCGAGGUGGAGACCAUGAAGAAGCUGAAGGGCCACCGCCACAUCGUUAAAUACAUUGAUUCGCAUGCCUCCCAGCUGCGUGGUGGUGGUUACGAGGUUUUCUUGCUCAUGGAGUACUGCGGGGGUGGCGGUCUGAUUGACUUUAUGAACACCCGCCUGCAGAACCGAUUAACAGAGCCGGAGAUCAUCAAGAUCUUCUCAGACGUGGCCGAGGGUGCUCGUCCUGCUAUAAACUGUGCGACUUUGGAUCAACUGCCCCCCCCGCGUCCAGCAGCUACGUCUGCCGCGGAGGGUCGAUUAAUCGAGGAUGAUGUACAGCGACACACAACACUUCAAUACCGAAGCCCAGAGAUGAUUGAUGUCUACCGGAAACAGCCUAUUGAUGAGAAGAGUGACAUUUGGGCUCUAGGUGUGUUUUUGUACAAAUUAUGUUACUAUACCACCCCGUUUGAAGAAGUUGGACAGAUGGCGAUUCUCAACGCCAGCUUCAAAUACCCCGCCUACCCGCAAUUCUCGGACCGCUUGAAGCUGUUCAUUGCCUCUAUGCUGAGGGAACUGCCUCAGAAGCGCCCGAAUAUAUACCAAGUUGUGCAGGAAAUAUGCAAGAUGCAAGGGAAGGAAGUUCCCAUUCGAGAUAGCCCCCCCGCGGUUGGCGCAAAGUUCUCACCUCCUAUGCAAGAGACGCAGAUCAUCCCCGAGAUUGCGCCGAUGCGACGGGGACGUCCAGGAAAGCCACAGUCCUCCCAGUAUGACUCUGCUAAAGCGAGCCCUUCGCCGUAUCGCGGCGAAUCCGACCCGUUCGCAACCUUGGAUGCGGGUUCCCGGAACAAGAAGAUCGCGGAGGACAUGUCGAACCGGUUCCCCUCCUUGGAGCAAUUUGACAUUUUGCAUGAAAAAGGCGAUAAGUUUGAUUUUGAGCCAACUCCCGAAGAGCCUGCUUCAGUGGAAGAAGAUCUCUCGCAGAGACUUACCAAUGCCCUGGCAGAUGAUGCUUUUGCUAGGCGGGCCUCUCCUGAACGGCCGGUGACAGCGUCUAAUCGGCGGUCCCAGGCAUCGCCCAUCAGGACACCCACCCAGGAAGUCACCAAUCGCCAAUCGACUCCAUUGUACCAGCCAACUCCUCAGCGGCCUGCAAUGGUCUCAACGGGGACGAUGACCUCUCCAGCUCAGACACCUCGUUUGCCCGACCCGAAGCUGUCUAGUCGUCCAAUCUAUCGAUUCCCGGUCUCGGAUGAACAGCGACCUACAAGUCAGCCAUGGAUACAAGAGGAAGAGAAGAAGGCCCCAUCCCCUCCUUCUUCGAGUCUGAGACCCGAAGCUAGUCCUCGAUUGUCAUCUGACCGACUCUCCUAUCACUCUAAUUCGGCACGGCCCUCCAUGGAGGCGUUACGACGACCUUCAACAUUAGAUGUGCAGAAGCCUGCCGCAAGAUCGAGAUCUGCGAUUGGUAAAGCUCGUCCUGUGUCGGUUCAGUCGUCAAGCCGUCCCCAUGACUUUGAGCCAUCACGGUCAUCUCUGGAUCUCUCGCGUUAUGAAGGUGGUGCACCACUCCGCUCUGUUCGGACUGAACUGGACCGUGACUACGAUCAGGCAAAUAUCUCUUCUGAUAUGGACUAUCUUCGGGCUAAAGAGGAGGAAGAGAGCAAUCGCAAGCGGGAGAAACGCUCCAGUACCGGGGCCAAGCACAGCAAACGUGGCAGCUUGUCUACGCUAUCCUUUUCGGGAGGUAAAAACCUGUUCGCUGGCCGAUUCGGUGAUGCGUUCCGUCGCUUCGAAGGCGGCAAUCAGGAUAAACCCGGGACUCCAGUUGAAGAGAAUCUCCCCCAGCCGCAAACGAUUAGCUCAGAGAGCCUGGAUUCACCGAGCGAAGGCUUUUCGCCUUACCACGAUGAUCCAUUGGAUGAUCUCGAGCGCGAUGAUAUUUCACCCGAGAUGCGUCGUGAACUCGAGCGCCGCCGUCUCUCCCAGGAGGAGAAACGAGUAGCGAAUGCCGCGGCUGAAUAUCGCCGUCGAGUCGCAGAAGAUGGCAGUGGAAGAGCUGGUAAUGACGGAUCUCGGUCCAAAGCGAUUCUGAACAGAGUGCAAACCUUGCUUGGCGAAACGCAAAAACCGGCUGUGCCCAAGACUGCAACUGGCUAUGGCAAGUACACGGACACCACUGCUUUGCAGGCAAAGCAGGAUCUUGUGCAGCCCUCUGCUACGAGUCCAUUGCCUAUCUCCCGAACUCCAGGUCCUAUCUACGGCAGCCGUGAGGCUCCUGUCGUUGUAGCUCCACCAGAUAGGAGGGAGGGAGCCAGCGCCCCAGCAGGGCUUCCGCAAUCUGCGAGCUCCUCCGCGCGUCCUGUUCCCUCACGACCAGCUGCGCCAACUGCGCCCCCCUAA